UCAAGGCGCCAGUCUCUGGCGUAAAAUACUGUGUUCUGUUGGGGUCAACGCCGUUUUUUACGGCGUUCUGACUUAUUAAACGGCGAUUUUACGUCAUUUCUUAAACAGACGGGUUUUCAAAUUGGAGAAUUUUGGCCUAGAUUGUUUGCCAUACUAAUCGCUGCUACUGUGAGUCGUUGGCAGGAUAAAAACAAAUCCACUGGAAGGAAGCGAGCGGGAUGUGUUACUUCCCAGCUGCCGAAACUCGACGUAUUUAAUAUGUGCUGGGUAGAAAAAAUAUUCAACCAUUUGAUUCGGUCGUAACACAUCGUUUAAUACUCUGACGACAUUACGGCUUGUAUGACGCUUGCCCAGGGAAGAGAGUGGUGCUGUCGUUUAUCAGCUCCAUUUGCAUGUUGGAUGGCUGAUCUAUUAUGCUAGGAACAUGUUCAAAAAUGUUUUCGGCUCAGGGUUUCUGGUGAGAACAUCACAUGUGAUUCUGACAUGGGUCAUAACGUUAAUCCUCUUCCUACAUGAUACAGAGCUGAGGAAGCAGGAGGAGACGGGCCAGCUUGUCCAGCCCGUGCUCUUCGUCCUGCUGGUGCUGUUGUCUGUGCUGCUGUACUUCGCGGUCUCUCUGAUGGACCCGGGUUUCAUCCUGUCUGAUGACACGGACUUGCAGUUCAUGCUGGGAGUGACUGAGGAGCAGCAGGACAUGAUUCCACCUGCCACCAAAUCCCUGCGACAGCGCCGUUGUGGCCACUGUCUGCUUCAGCAGCAGCCAAUGAGAUCAAAGCACUGCCAGACGUGUCAGCACUGCGUCCGGCGUUAUGACCAUCACUGUCCCUGGAUUGAGAACUGCGUUGGUGAGAGGAACCACCGCUGGUUUGUGCUUUACCUGGCCUUCCAGCUGCUAGUGCUUCUAUGGGGCCUGCGCAUUGCCUGGACGGGCUUCACCUACGUACCCAUCUGGCACCAGUGGCUGCGCACAAACGGAGUCCUGACGGCUGUGACCAUGCUGCUAGCACUGCUCUCGCUCAUCGUACUGUUGCUGCUCGGCUCACAUCUAUACCUGGUUUCUCUCAACACAACCACGUGGGAGUUCAUGUCGCGCCACCGCAUCUCCUACCUCAAACACUGUGGUGCAGAUGAGAACCCCUUUGACCGUGGGACAUUCCAAAACCUUUGGGGUUUCUUCUGUGUCUGGGGCACAGUGGUGUGGGAGCAGGUGUACUUCAAGGAGGGCAGCGAUCAGGUUUAGGUACAUUUUACUGAUGAACAGCCUCUCUGGAUCUGGGAUUACACACCAAAUAGGAGGAUAAACUGUGCUUGUGAGCAGUUCCCUUUAUAUAGGCAUUUGUGUUGUUGUGCCAUAACUGUGGAGCGUUUCCCUCCUUCUCAUCCUCUCAGUGGUUCUUUAUUGCAAUUGAUUACCUGCAUUUCCUGUUUUUACCUCAAUGCAGUCGUAGUGAAAACUGUGGGAGCUUCAAAUAGUCAGUUUUGGUUAGGAAGUUUUCUAAUGAGUAAAGUGAUACAGGUGUAGCUGCAUGGCAGCUAUAAUAAAAGCAUUUCAAAUUCUGGUCUAAAGAUCUUAUGUCAAGUUCUACAUCAAGAGAAACAAGAGCUAUAAUAAUUAACUUAAGUAUGAUUCACAGUUCACAUUUGGAAUGUUUGUUGUUCUAAUGCAGCCUUUAGGAUUAUCAUGGAAUUAAUUUUUACUUUGGGUCAGUAGGAUAGAUGAUGGAUGGAGGCAAUUUUACUUCAGUCAUGGAAAUCAAGGACUUAGACACAUGAGCAGGAAAAUGAUUUAUUUCAUUUUACGGGCUAUGGUACAGGGCAAAUUAGCAUGAUGCCCUAAUGAUCAUGAUCUAUUAAUAGUGCACUAAUUUAAUGAAAUUUAAAGAUGCAGCCAGUUCAUUUCAAUAAUAAUCAACAUGCUGCCAAGAGCAGAACAAAUUAGCAGCUCAAAAACAGCAGAACCAGUGAAAAACCCAACAAGGAUUGUGCGAACCAACGCAGGUCUUAGAAAUAGAAACUGCCGGAGAAUGUGAGGUUCAAAGGUCUGAGACACAGCUGGAGCUCAGGAUUUAUCCAGCAUUUUUCAAACAGCUGUAUGACCUGUAAGAUGUGUAAAAGGUGAACAAAAGCAUCAGAUCUUGAGCCUCACACGUUCAUGAAAAUACAGCUACUAUGCCUACAUGUUUAUGAGCAUUGCUCUGUUUUGUUGGUCUGUGCAGACUCCAGAGGAAGGACAGUUCAGUCAAGUUCCUCUCUGUUUCAGUAUUAUUGAGCAGAACACUCAGGGACAGGACUAUUGCUUUUUUUUGUGACCUGCAUGAAACAUCACAGUAAGAACAUGCUAAUAACGUGGGCAUUUUGCUGUCCAUCGUCUCGAUGCUGUAAUUUCAACACAGUAGCAAUCCAGUCGGUUAGAAUCUCAGCACACAGGCUUCUUUUCCCAAGUCCUUAAACAUUUUGACCUCGAUGGAGAACAUCACCAGGUCGGGAACAGGAAAUAGGAGUCAUUUUUGGGACAAUUUGAACAUACUGUGUGUUUCCAGAAUGAGGCUGCUGCUCUUACUAACUGGUAAUCAGCACUGCGGCCUUCCUCCUUAUUGUUUACGGUCACAUCAAGUUCAUAAUUUCCUUCAAAACAAGCAACUCUCUACAUUGUCUUCAGACAUUUUACACACCUGAGUGAAUCCGGUUAAGCUUGGACUUUACCCACCCAAAUACCCUCAGUCCUGCCUCUUAAAAUAAAUCAUUUAAGUAACAAGUGAUGAUAUUUGAUAACCAUAACCUGACUGUUCACCCUCAAUUCACAUUAAUCAUUACAUUCAAAAUUUGAGUAACAAUACAGAUCUAUAGCUGGCAUGGUUUCUUGAUUCACUCACUGGAGUCAGAUCCUGAUUAACAGAAUUUACUUUAGUGUAGUGGGUUCCAGUCUCUUGUAGUCUCCUGUGAUGAAUACUUUGCCUGUUUUACAGGAUUCACCUUCUCCAGCAGCUUUUGUCACUAAAGUAGGUUAGUCCAAGUGAGUGUGUUUGAAAUAUGAACUGUAUUGUUCCUGGCAUUUAAUCCAUACAUGUACAUGAUAUUUAGACUUGUUACAGUGUCUCAAGUUGUUUAAAAUUGUACAUAUUUUUUAAACUAUUUUGGAGCAGAAAAUGUCUUUAGAUUUUUGUAAAACUAUUUUAACAGGGACUUGAAUAAUACAGUGGAACACUGUUAUUAGCUAAAAGCUUUGAGUGCAAUAUGUUUCCAUUUAAGCUUUUCCUUGUGCAAUAGUAACCUUGUAAGACAGCAAUAAAUGUUUGUGUUUAAUUCAGUGCAAAAUGCAGUCCUUCUGCUUGGACUGAGCCAUUAUCAGUAAGAUCUCUGCUUUUUUACAAAUUAACAUUUACAGUCUGUGGUGUAGUUCUCAAUUAUAUACAAUAUUGUCAUGCAAUGUUUUUUAAAUACUGGAAGUACUAUAAAACUCAAUAAAUGUUUCAUGAGGA